UGUCGCCCGACCACCUAUUUCUCUCUUUGCCCGAUCGUUGAGCAUCAUACAUUGUCAGGAAAUCUUUAAACAUCAACACGUAUAGGAAUGGCAGACCUUUCGGAGGACGAUCACGCCGUGAUUUUAAGGUAUCCUUUGAAUGACUCACUUGAUCGAUUAGAAAAGCUUCUUCCAAACGCAGAGCAUCACUACAAUGAUGGCACGACAGAAAGCCGCGAAGCCUGCCAUGAUGCAACAUCGAAACUCCUCACCACCUUGAUGGGUGAAAAGUCAGCUUUCCACCUACGUUCACCAACAGGCAAUAAAAAUGUGGCAUCCGAGCUAUCAAGAUUAUUCACCUGCCUUCAAGAUGGCGACUUUAGCUAUGAACACUACCGGACACUAGUACAACUUGUCAUCCAAAAGGCGACCGAUGUUGACAUCUGGAAAGCCGUCCUCGACCUCAUCACCACCGUCUCGCGAACGACCCCUCCGGCGAGUAUACUUCCCACUUCCUUAGGAAUGCCGAUCAAAUCCACCUCAUCAUCACAGAAAGGCUCCGAGCAGACAUGUGAGUUGGUGAAUUCAAGGAUCUUUGAGGAGAUAAGUGGCUGCACAUUUCGAGGUGUCGAGGGCUUCUUUGUCAAGUACUUUGAGGGCAAAGACUGGAGCAACAAAGUGGAUGCCAUCUGUCAACGCGUGCUAGGCCCAGACAGUGAUGGUAAUUGGGCCCAGUUUCCCAAUCCUCCUACACAGAAUGAUGUCCUUGCCUGGUGGUUUCAUCUUCAAGAAGACCUUCUCUCAGAAUCACGCAGCACCUACUACUCCACAGUGAGCAAAGCAGAUCUUACUGGUUCAAAGGCAGAACGGCAAGUUGACCUUCUUUUACAAGCUAAGGGUGGGAGUCCCUUGCAAAACAAACACAACUGGACAGAUAUUCUGGUGGUUGGUGAGCUCAAAAAACCUAAGGAGAAGAUCAGAACUAAAGCCACACUGCUUCAGAUCAGUUGCUCUGUGUGUGAGGUCUUUGCUGCACAGCCCACUCGGCGGUUUGUCCAUGCAUUCACUGUCUGUGGGACAAAUAUGGAGGUGUGGGUAUUUGACCGCGCGGGCCCCUACAGCUCAAUAAUCAUUGAUGUCUACACAGACUCAAGACGGUUCUUUCAGGUGCUUGUGGGCUACACUAUGAUGAGUGAUGAAGAGCUGGGACUGGACAUCUUUGUUGCUAGAGAUGAAGAUGGCAACAAAUCAAUAACUGUCAAAGGGCCUGGGAACUCAGAGGGAAAGAAGGUGCAGCUGGGUGAGAUGCUUUCCUAUCAGCGUGCCAUUGUGUGUCGCGGAACCACAUGUUUUCUUGCAAACAAUGGACAGGGUGUAGCCAAAUUCUCGUGGGUGUCGGACAAGAGGCGGCCAGAGGUGGAACUCCUCGAGUUGGCGGGUCAGAAGAAUGUCCAGGGGGUCGCCAGAAUCAUUGGCCACAGUACCAUCACUAGUAUCGCUGACAUGCGCUGCGGCCUGACCUUCAACAACAAGCACCACAGCUUCAAAAGUGCUCCCCCCAGCACAGUCUCCUCAUUUCAUCAAUCUCAGCCGCUCACCGAUCCCUGUCGCUUAGAUAUCCAUCGAAAAUCAUCUUCCAAGAAACGCAGAUCUCCGGACAAAGGGAUGCAUUCAUCCAAACGAUCGCGUUCCAUCCAUCAACUGUCAAGGGACACUGAGGAGGAUGAAUUAGCUUUCUCCAUUCAGUCGGCACACAAGCCGAGCCUCUUUGAUAGGAAUGAUGAGGAACUCUAUGACAACCGUGUCCUCCGCUGUCUGGUGAUAUCGCCCGCUGGCCGGCCAAUCUACAAGUACAAAUCACCCUUGGAGCUGCUCAAGGCGCUUCGUGAUGCAAUAAAGGCACAUCGGUCUCUUUAUCUGGAUGGAAACAUCCUUCAUCGGGAUAUUUCAGAGAACAAUAUAAUAAUAACUGAUCCAGGCAAGGCAGAUGGUCACUCAGGCAUGCUAAUUGAUCUGGAUCUUGCCAAAGAAGUUGGGAGUGAGCGAAGCGGCGCGCGGCACCAGACUGGCACAAUGGAGUUCAUGGCAAUUGAGGUGCUGCUUAAUAUUGAUCAUACCUAUCGGCAUGAUCUUGAGUCUUUUUUCUACGUGCUUAUCUGGCAGUGCGCCCGUAAUGGCUGGGGGAAGGAUAAGUAUUCUAGAGAUAGUAAACUUCGUGCCUGGUACACUGGUAACUAUGAGGACAUUGCAAAUGCCAAACUUGGUCAUAUGAGCAAAGCUGAAAACAUGGGAUUUGGAUUCAUUUUGAGGGAGUUCCCUCCAAAAUUUCAUGGCAUUGUAUCACUUUGUCAGGUCCUACGAGACAUUCUCUUUCCUUACAAUGACAAAGGUCUUAUUGUUGGCACUCCUCAAGACCCAAACCGCCUGUACCAUCCGAUCAUCAAGGCUUAUGAUGACGCGAUCACCCAGGUUGAACUUGGAAACCUCACUCAUGAUAAAUCUAUUUAGUGUGCUCUCAGAGUUAAAGUUUCUAUUGAUUUGUUGCCGCAUUCACAGUCUAUUUUGAGUGGAGGGAUUUUGUCUUAGGGCCUGUUCGGUGCGGCCGUGUGUACUCAUUCUUUUUGUACAGAUCUCCACUUUUUUUAAAAAGUACAGAGCGUCUGUACUAAUAUUACAGCUGCUUUUUACAAAGUACAGAUGAAAAAGGCCAGGUGUUCAGUGGAUUGAGCAUCCGUACUUGCAUCUUUUGCGAAGAUCUUAUGAAUAAGCAGUAUUUAACUUCAACAGUGUGUGAUGAUGUAGAAUAGCACUUUUAGAGACAAUAUAGUGUGGAAUAGUGUAGAAUAGUGUUCAUAGUGAAGAUAGUUAACUAAUAUUAGUUAGAAGGAAGCUCACAAAAACAUGUUCUUUUUGAAUGGAGUCCAGAGUCAG